AUGGGGAAUGCUAUAAAUAAGCUGCUAAAACAUUACAACAAUGCAGAAAAGAAAAAGAGCGAGUAUAAGUUUGGAAAAGUUUUGGGCUGUGGAUCAUUUGGGAUCGUACGAGAAUGCAUCAACAAGCAAACGAAAGAAGUGUACGCCGUGAAGAUAAUAAAGAAAAAGAAAAAGCUCAAGAAAAACUUAAGUUUUGAAAAAAUGGUAAAGAAUGAAAUAAAAUACUUAUCAGUGAUGAGCCAUGAAAAUAUAAUUAAAUUUAAGGAUUUCUUUGAAGAUAAAAAUAAAUUUUAUAUAAUAUUGGAGAAAUGUGAUGGAGGGGAGUUAUUUUACAAAGUUAUAAAAAAUAAAUGUCUUUUGGAAAGUGAAUCAGCUUAUAUUGUUAGACAGAUUUGCUGUGCGUUGGAAUAUUUACAUUCAAAGAACAUAAUUCAUCGAGACAUAAAGGCCGAAAAUUUCCUCUUUAAAAAUAAAAACACGAAAAGUAUUAAAUUGAUAGAUUUCGGAAUGGCCAAAAAGAUGAACUGUGAAUACUUGACCGAAUUGUGUGGUUCUCCCCAUUACAUUUCGCCUGAACUGAUCAGAAAAAAGUACACAAUAUCAUCAGAUAUAUGGGCUCUGGGAGUCAUGGUUUUUUUUAUGUUAACAGGAAAAUAUCCAUUUGAGGGAAAAAACACACCAAAAGUUGUGGAUGAAAUUCUGAACAAAAAUAUAAAUUGGAAGGGCAAAGAAUUUUCCUCCCUUUCCGUCGAGGCCUUGGAUUUUUUAAAAAAACUGUUGGAGAGAAAUGAAAAGAAAAGACUUACGGCGUGUCAAGCUCUCAAUCACCCAUGGAUCAAGUCUCAAGUGGAAUAA